GCUGAUCAGCGAUCCUAUUUAAUGUCUGUGUUUUCUGUCCUGUGUUGUCAGAUCGUCCUAUGUCGUUACCGUGUUCAGUUCGUGUCUCUCUACUUCUGACCAGUUCCUGGAGUUUCCUUCCCACCUCUGCCGUGGGCUUCGCUGCACGGAUCCUCGAUCAUCGGCUGCCCGUUGUGUCCCUGCACUACCCAGAGUUAUCUCCGUCUCUCACCUGUCUGACUCUCGUCAUCUUUCUGGUUGGGAAUUCCCAAUAUACAUUAUUUGCACAUUCGCUACUGAAUCCUCAUUCUUUCCCCCUGACAAUCAGCUGUGCGCGAACGCACGUGGAAGAACAAAAACAAAGAAAAAAAGAAAACAAAUGGAGAUCAAACCUGAGUCCUGACAGUUAUGUGUUUUAUAUAAAGCUAGACUGCCAUGAUUCAUCCCAAAUGAUGAAAUCACCACUGAGAUCAUAGAAGCAUCUGCACUGAUGUCAUAUGAUUGUCUGUAAACAAAAUAAGGCCCAGCCCAUCUAAAGCUCUAUAAAAACAGCACAAAGGGAGGAUAGCUAAGAGGUUUUCACCAUUUGCCUUGAGGUACAUCACAACUUACACCUUCUGACUUUAUGAUGUUUUUUAAUGGCUUAUUUUUGCAGUCAAGAUGAACUUAACAGAAAACAACAAUUUGAGCAGCACAUCUAAUUUGAUGCAUGAGAAGCUUUUGCUGGUGCAGGUACUGGUGGGGAUUCUUCUCUGUGUGAACGGACUGAUGAUUUUCACCUUUCUGAAGAAAGAGACCUUCAGGGAAACACGUUACAUUCUGUUUGCUCAGACUCUUUUUGUUGACUCUGCUCUUAUGCUGUUGACUGAUUUAACCCUCAUGGGGUCGUCUCACCAGUACCCCGUGCACAUAAUUCCUUGCUAUAUCUUCUGCACACUUAUGUCUUUGCUCGCUGUUUGUUCACCCAUGACUCUUGUAGCCAUGUGUUUGGAGCGCCAUGUGGCCAUAUGUAUACCUUUAAGACAUGCCAGCAUCUCCACCCCUAAAAACACCUUCAUUGGGCUUCUUGUCAUAUGGAGUUUCAGUUUUGUUAUACCAUUGUUUAUUUUCAUAGUCUGUUUUGUUUACAUCCCUCCUGGUGUCUUGCACCUUUAUGUUGUGUGUACUGUAGUGGUCAUGUUACAGAAAAAAUGGCUGGCAGACAUGAGAGCGACGAGUCUACAGCUCUUAUUCAUCAUAAUGUUGUGUAUUAUUGUUUCCACCUACAUCAAGAUUAUGUUGGCAGCUAGAUCUGCUUCCUCCGAGAGGAAGAACUCCACAAAUAAGGGUCUCAAAACUAUAAUUCUCCAUGGUGUUCAGCUGCUUCUGUGUAUGAUGCAGCUUUUAAUCCCUUAUAUAGAAAUGCCUUUAUGGAAAGUAAAUGUCAUGGUAUUUUUGAAUGUAAGGUACUCAAAUUUCAUAUUGUUUUUGAUCUUGCCUUGUUGUCUGAGUCCCUUAGUUUAUGGAUUACGAGACAAAAAGUUUUAUAAUGCUCUUAAAUAUUAUGCCUUUUGUGGCAUUUUGGUUUGUAAUAAGCACACAAUAAGGGAUGAUAAAACCUUUAGAGGUGUAGUAAGCAUUUCCAUACACAAUUAA